CGCACCAUUUCAUCCUUAUCCCUGAUUUUUCCCUCCUCAAAACCCCAAAAUACCGUUUUCCCCACAUUUUUCUCUCCCCAAACUACCCUCCACCAGAUAAAUCUUCUCAUGAAAGCUUCCCCAAAUUCAUUUCAAAAUUCACCCGCGUAGUUUCCAAUUUCCUUCUUCUCCCGCACGCUUUUCCAAAUCCAAAACCCCCCCAAAAUUUACAAAUUCUCCCGCUCCUAUUUCCACUAAAAAAUCAUUAUUUAAACCCUUCACCUCUUCAUUCUUACUCACAACACUUCAACCUAUCAAAAUAAUCACUUUUUUCUUUCAAUUUCAAUUUCCCAAACCAAACAUGCCUGCUUUUCCAGAAGAACCCCUUCUUGCCCCAAACCCAGACCGAUUCUGCAUGUUCCCAAUCCAAUACCCAAAAAUCUGGGAAAUGUACAAAAAAGCCGAAGCCUCAUUCUGGACCGCUGAAGAAGUCGAUCUUUCCUCCGAUCUCAAGCACUGGCAAAACCUCACCGACGGCGAACGCCACUUCAUCUCUCAUGUCCUCGCCUUCUUCGCUGCCUCCGACGGCAUCGUCCUUGAAAAUCUCGCCGGUAGAUUUAUGAAAGAAAUCCAAGUCUCUGAAGCACGUGCCUUCUACGGUUUCCAGAUUGCAAUUGAAAACAUCCACUCUGAGAUGUAUUCUCUUCUCCUCGAAACGUAUAUAAGCGAUUCCGCUGAAAAGAAUCGCUUAUUUCAUGCAAUUGAAACAAUUCCAUGUAUCGCGAAGAAAGCUGAUUGGGCGAUGAAAUGGAUCGAUUCAAGCGAUUCUUUUGCAGAAAGAAUCGUUGCGUUUGCUUGUGUUGAAGGAAUCUUUUUCUCCGGAAGCUUCUGUGCGAUUUUCUGGUUGAAAAAGCGCGGUUUAAUGCCGGGAUUAACCUUCUCAAACGAGCUUAUUUCACGCGACGAAGGAUUGCACUGUGAUUUCGCUUGUUUGUUAUACUCACUUCUACGAAAGAAGCUAAGUUCAGAGCGCGUGAAAGAAAUUGUUUGUGAUGCUGUUGAAAUUGAAAGGGAGUUUGUGUGCCACGCGCUUCCUUGCGCGUUGGUUGGGAUGAAUGGGGGUUUGAUGAGUACGUAUAUUGAGUUUGUUGCUGAUAGGUUAUUGGGUGAGCUUGGUUGUGAAAAGGUUUACAAUGUUCAGAAUCCGUUUGAUUGGAUGGAAUUGAUUUCGCUUCAGGGAAAAACCAAUUUUUUUGAGAAGCGCGUUGGGGAGUAUCAGAAAGCAUCUGUUAUGAAUAGCUUGAAUGGAAAUGGUGCUGCUGAUUUUUGCUUCAAGUUGGAUGAAGAUUUUUAGAUCAAGAAAGAAAUUAGGGUUAUGAUUAUCUAGUAUUUUUAUUAUAUUUUAAUUUCUGAAUCUUGUUUAAUUAAUAAUUUUAUAAUGGCCGAGUUUUUAUGCAUUCAUAGGUUUCUUUUUCUUAGUUUUUUUCAUGAUCAUGGUCAAUGUAUAAAUGCAGCUCAAUGUUUAAUGAAAUUUGUUUCUUGUGCUUAAAUAA